CUUUGCCUUGCGACGCACCGUGGACCCUGUCGGCGCUCCUCCAGCCCACGGCAACACAUGCAAGUCCAGGUUCAGCAUAGAGGAAAUUCAGGAGAGCAGCAGAGUCCUUGAGAGAUAAAUUAAAGGCUGUGGACAACUUCUGAUUUUCCUCUGAUUGUUCUAUGUUUCCCCGGUGCCAUGGCCUGUCUCUCGAGAGCUGAAGUGACAUUGCUGAAGUGUGUCCUGCUCUUCCUCUACCUGAGUGGCUGUUUGUGCCAGCGUGACUGCACCGGAGUGGACUGUCCUUUGCUUAACAACUGCAUCGAGGAAGUACUGGAGAGCGGCGCCUGCUGUGCUACGUGCGUGCAAACAGGGUGCACGUGCGAAGGUUACCAAUACUACGAUUGUGUCAAUGCUGGAUUCAAAAACGGCAAAGUUCCCGAGGGAGACUCUUACUUUGUCGACUAUGGCAGCACAGAGUGCUCCUGCCCUGAGGGAGGGGGCCGGAUAAGCUGUCACUUCAUCAGCUGUCCGGACAUCCCGCCGAACUGCAUCGAGGUCUCAGAGCCUGCAGACGGCUGUGUGCAGUGUGAACGUAUUGGAUGUGUCCAUGAUGGGCAAAAGUAUGAGGCUGGUCACUCCUUCCACAUAGACCCCUGUCGGGUUUGUCACUGCCCCACCGAAGGGGGAAAGCUGAUGUGCUACCCUGUACCCAACUGUGACCCACGCAAAGUCCAUAAACCCAUGUUAGCCUCGUCCACAGAGGACAGUGCCACCAAUAGGCACUACAGUGAUCUGCACAAGUUUGACCAUCAAGGCCCUGUGGAUCGCUUCUCCACACCACAUCGUCUCUCAUCUAGUGGGAGUAUUCCUCUUUUCAAACCUCCGUUGGAUAAGGAGGAGAUGGAGGAAUAUGAUUAUGAUGCGACAGACGUUCGAGAGUCCUACCCUGACUCUCUGGUCUUCCCCACCCAGGCUUACCCCACCAACAAGGUCAUCUCUGUGUCCCGUGGUGCUGACCGAGCUGACAGAGCCUCUACACGUCACAGCCUUGACAGAGAAACCAAGCAGGAGUUGAGAGAGCGCUACGGAGUUCAUGUGCAUCCCACAGACAGAGAGGAAGUGACAGAAAGUCCCGUGACGGCAGUGCAGAGUACUGUCAAGACAACUGUCCAGGAGGACACCACCACAGCUUGGUGGAGAAGCAGCUCAGAGGGUGUAAUGCAUGCGCAAAGUGGCUCACAGAGUCAUAUCAGCCCACACACAGGCUUGGAAAGUGCAAUGCAUGCGGCGAGCAGUUCGGAUAGCGUCAUAUUUCCUCGAAACCGAGGUUCAGGAAGUGAAAAACACCCAGUUUAUCCACACAGGAGUUCAGCAACUCAGCAGAGCAGACCUGUGAGUAAGACACAUAGGCAGAAUGUGUCAGAUAGUGUUAUACUCCCACUGCACCCGCUAAGAGGUUCAGAGAGUCACAUGUACUCAGUUCAUCAGGCGAGAGGUGCACAGAGUCAAGGCCAACUACAGAAAAGUUCAGAUUGGGUGAAUUUUCCACUGCAUCCCCAGGCAAGUUCAAGGAGUCAAAUGCAAUUACAGGGAACAGUCGCACCAGAUGAUGAAGAAGGGGUUGAUGAAGAAGAGUUUGAAGAGGAGGAGGAUGAAGAGGAAAGAAUAGUAACACUGCAGAAUGUUGCUGAGGGAAUGUGGCCUGAGGGAAGGGAUGUACUAUAUGAUUUACAAUCAGUGCAGCUGGAGAGAGGCCACGGGGAAUCAGAUCACAGCGAUCCAACCAGUACCACCACCACCACCACCACCACCACCACCACCACCAAGACCACAGCUGAGCCCAGCACCCGCUCCCCCAGGAGGCCUGAGACCCAAACAACUCCCUUACUCCGCUUCACCACCACAACCCAGCCGCCAGUGCACAUCACACCAGAUGAAAGACGAUCUGGGAAAAAGCCUCUUCAGACGCUGCUAAACCUCCACAGCGAAGACGCAGAUAUGGAGGAGAAACAGGUGGAAGAGCCAGAGGAGGAGAGGACAGAGGACAGUCCUGUUUUCCUCCUCAAGCCUGACGGAGGUCCAGGUCCAGCUGUUCCUGCUGAAAAGCUGGUGGAUAGCUGCUGUGCUGCUGGUCAGAGAUGGGCCACAGAGAAGCACCACUGUGACCACAUGACACCUCCAAGUAACGACAAGCACUCUGUAUGCAGUGUUGCUCAGAAGCAGUGCUGCUUGAGCUCCCUGAAGGACAGCCAGUGUCUGUCGGGCAUGACUUCAGCCAGACGGGGAGAUGUGUGUGACGUGGAGGCUGAGGGCCAGUGUGCAGACGACUCCUACCAGGUGUGCUGCAGCUGCUGCGCCCUUGGCCUGCGAAUGCGGAGUGAAGGACGCGGGUGCAAUGCCCAUCAGUACCUGGGCUUCCCGUGCGGCCACGUCUUCCUCACCUGCUGUGAGGAACAGGAAGGCCUUGACCAGCUGCCACUGAAGAGGAAGGAGAGGCCCAGACCCACCGCCAUGCCCAGGAAAGUCUCAGACAGCAAGUUCCCCAAGGAGGCCUUCUCCAUCCAAGCCACAGACGAGGCUGCCAACGCGGUGGAGGAGCAGGAGGAUGUGAACGAGUGUCAGCUGUACCGAGGCCAGCUGUGCCAGCACACAUGCACUAACACCUGGGGUUCAUACCGCUGCGGCUGCCACCCGGGCUACAUACUGCAGCCGGACGGACAUUCCUGUGCACCCGUGAGUCCUGAUGAGGACAACAGGGUCAGAGAGGAAGACAACUCGGCCAUGAUCCCAGCACCAACCACUAUUACCAGUACAACCACCACCACCCCUGUUCAUCUGAAUCCCUGUGCAGGAAACGGUCCUUGCAGUCAGCAGUGUACGGUGGUGGUAGGCCAGGCCCGCUGCUCCUGCUUCCCAGGGUUCUCGCUGAUGGCAGAUGGACAAACGUGCGAAGAUGUGGACGAGUGUGUGACCAACACCCACAGCUGCCGUCCCAGCGAGCGCUGCGUAAACACAGUGGGUUCGUUUGUAUGCGAGCGGCAAGUCACUUGUCCUGCAGGCUACCAGCCGAGAAAUGGCGUGUGCGAGGACAUUGAUGAAUGCAUGGUGCGGACCCAUAACUGUGGUGUUGGCUCCGUGUGUGAGAACACAGAGGGCUCUUUCCUGUGUAACCCCAAACAGAAGUGCCUCACCGGCUUCACACAAGACUCCCAUGGCAACUGUAUCGACAUAAAUGAGUGCACAAGCCUAAGUGAACCAUGCAGCCCAGGUUUUAACUGUAUCAACACAGUGGGCUCCUAUACGUGCCAGAGGAAGGUCAUAAUGUGCACCAAGGGCUACCACUCCAGCUCGGAUGGAGCCAAAUGUGUCGACAUAGAUGAGUGUCAAACGGGAACACACCGCUGUGGAGUGGGCCAGAUCUGUCACAACCUCCCUGGCAGCUACCGCUGUGACUGUCAGACGGGUUACCAGUAUGACGCCCUCCGCCAGGUCUGCACCGAUGUGAACGAGUGUUGGCGUUAUCCUGGACGCCUGUGCUCCCAGACCUGCGAAAACACCCCGGGCUCCUACCACUGCUCCUGCACCGCCGGCUUCUCCCUGGCGUUUGACGGCAAGAACUGUGAAGAUGUGAAUGAAUGUGACAAUAACCCCUGCAGCCAGGAAUGCGCCAACAUCUACGGCUCAUACCAGUGCUACUGCCGCCAAGGCUUCUACUUGAAAGAGGAUGGACACACCUGUGAAGAUAUUGAUGAGUGCGCCCAGAGCAUUGGGAACCUUUGUGCCUUCCAGUGUGUCAACGUUGCCGGCAGUUACCAGUGUGCCUGUCCUCCCCACGGAUACACCAUGUCUGCUAAUGGACGCACGUGCAGAGAUAUUGAUGAGUGCACUACGGGAACACACAACUGCUCAUCUGGCCAAAACUGCUAUAACAUCCAGGGAGGCUUCAGAUGUCUGUCAUUCGACUGCCCUGCCAACUACAAGAAGGUGUCGGACAUCCGGUGUGAGCGGCUCAGCUGUCCUAGCAACUCCUUAGAUUGCCAAAACUCCCCGCUGAGGAUCACAUACUACCAGCUCAGCUUCCAGACCAACAUCGUCAUCCCUGCCCAGAUCUUCCGAAUUGGCCCUUCCCCUGCCUACUCCGGCGACCACAUCGUCAUCAGCAUCACCAAGGGCAACGAGGAGGGCUACUUCACCACGCGGAAGCUGAACAGCUUCACGGGCGCCGUCUACCUGCAGAGGCAAGUACGCGAGCCCAAAGACUUCCUCAUAGAUGUGGAGAUGAGACUGUUGAGGCAGGGGACGUUCACCACGUUCCUGGCCAGGAUCUACGUCUUCAUCACAGCCACCUCCAUGUAAAGCCCCACAGAGACGGAGAGAGGGACUGAGAAUUUCAUAUGGUGCUAACGUUACUAUGUGUAAUAUCUUUCAGCAGUUGUAUCCAAGCAUCUUGAUUGUAAUACGUUGCCAAAGGCCUUUCUGUUUUCUUUUUCCAUUUCUUUGGCAAGCUUACACGCAUGCCAUAUCCAUGAAGCUGCUACUCGUUUUGAAAGCUUCCUCCUGCUGGCAUGUUUUACCAACCUUAUAUUUACCGAAAUAUUGUCUGCUUAAAUGUUGCCAGUGUAAUUUGCUUUUGUUCACCACCUUUUAUAGUGUGCCUGUGCAAGCUGUUCGGUAUGGAUCGGGCAGUGGCAAGGUGCUACAAAGGUCACUGCACAAGUCUAGGUUGGUGGUUGGCACUCGGCUUUCCUCUCUUUAAGCCUCUUGCUCUUUGACCUCCCAAUUUGAAUGUUAAUUUUCAUGAGAAUUAUGAAUUAUUCAUGAACGUUUGAAAAAAAGAAAAACAACCUUUCCAGCACUAGAAGUCAAAUCGGGGCACUUUUCAUUACCCAGCUGUUAAUGUGGUUGGAAAAAAAAAAAAAUACCGCAGCAGAUCCUUAAAAUCGGUCAUCCUAGCACAUUUUUUUUCAGUAUUUGGUGUAUAUUAUCUUUAAAAGACUCGAUUUGAUAAAAUAUAAGUCUUGAAAUCCAGUGCAAAACAUACCAGAAAAAAUCCACCUCUCACAUGGGAAAUGUAUAGUAAAUUCCAGCACUGAGAACACUAAUGUUGUGUUUUUGUUGAUAUAUAUGUUUUUUGUGUCCUAUUCUUUGCCUAUUACUGGACAUAUGUUAUUGUGUUACUGUGUUGUAAUUAUCUCAGGGCAAAAUCAUGCAAUCUUGUACACACCUGACAAAUUCCUACGUAGUGUACAGGAAUGAAUCAGUCUGCAAUCACGAUUCUCGGCCUGUCCCUAAACAGGACAGCGCACAACAUGUACAGUUUCCGCCGCCAGUUUCUAACGUUUCUAUCUUGAAAUCAAUCAUUACAACGACCGGACUGUUUCCA